AAACCCCUACGAGUUAUGCAACCAACUCAACGCACGCACUUACCGGUUACAUUCGUUUCAGGCGUUGAUAGUUAUGCGGAAGACCAACAACAGUUUAGUCCGACGUCGCAAACGGAAGGGGCGGAACCAUCGCCCCAGUCACGUUCGGGAACGCCCCUUGACUGCUUUCAAUACGGCGCUGUUGAUGGUUACACGAUGCGACAAGAUCAGGAGUACCAAUCGGCAUUCGGAAGAGCCAUCGAGGAGGUUCCCAUAGAAGACCAACAGGAGGCGCAUUACAUACAAUUAGACGUUCCUGGUGUUGUCGCGGAAUCUUCACCAAACGGUAGCGAUCCUUCGAAUAGUCCAGGUUCGCCGAGGAGAGUUACGUAUUUAAAUGCCAUGUCUCCAGGUGACCAACAUAAUAGCGGUAUGGAAACUACUCAAUUAACUACGUUAUCGAGUCAUCAUUACGCAGGAUUGGAUUCCACAAAGUAAGAAAAACAUUAUUUUUUUAUUUUAAUAAAAUAACUCA